AUGGAUUGUAAAGUGGUUCUUACUAAGAAAAAUCCCCACGAGAAAUCAAACAUACUUUCGAAGUUAUUCCUAACAUGGAGCUUCAAGCUGUUUUACAGAACCCAUAGGAAGGGUUUAACAGUAGAAGAUCUCAGCAAAACUGGAGAAAGCAAUCGCUCCAGUGCCUUGGGCGAUCGUCUUGAGCAAGCAUGGGAACAGGAACUCAAACAAGCCAAAGACAAAGAUUACAAGCCUUCAUUGACGAGGGCUAUCAUUCGAACAUUUUGGUUCCACUACACGAUAUAUGGAUUUUUUCAAGGCAUUCUGUUCGUCGUCUUAUGGCCACUUAUACCGUACACAUUGUCUUUGUUCAUAUUUUAUUUUUCGCAAAAAAGAACCGAGGAGUUAUAUAGAACUGCGCAUAUUCACAAUUUUCUAAUGAAUUUAUUAAGCUUGACCACAUCUAUGAUGAUGUCGCAUUUGAUUUUGCUUCAAACUAGUAUUGGAAUGAGAGUCAGAAUAGCCUGUUGCUCCGUACUAUACAGGAAAAUCCUAAGACUUGGUCGAGGUGGUUUAACAAAAACAGAACCCGGACAAGUAAUUAACUUAAUGUCAAACGAUGUAAAUCGGUUCGACGUGGCGUCGCAGUACCUAAAUUUUCUCUGGGUAAUGCCCGUCGUGAUACCUGUGGUUUCCGCCCUUGUGUGGCAGAAUAUAGGCAUAGCUACGCUCGCUGCUCUAGCUGUAAUCUUUUUACAAACUAUACUUGUCCAAGCCUAUCUAAGCAAUCUUCAAGGAGUUUUGAGGGGUAAAAUUGCUAAACGUACAGACCAAAGGGUGAAAGUGAUGACCGAGUUAUUAAACGGUGUACAAGUGAUAAAAAUGUACGCUUGGGAAAAACCAUUUGAAAAAUUAGUUGAUAAAUUACGCAAGAUGGAAGUAAAGUACAUAUUGCGUACGUCCAUGAUUAAAGGUUUCUCGACAGCGUUGAGUGUCUUCACGGAACGGUUCAUUCUUUUCACGGCCGUCACAACAUUCGUCGUUUUGGGAGGUGACAUCAGACCUGAAAUUACAUUCUCCCUUGUUCAAUACUUUAAUUUACUACAACUUGCUGCCAACAUUUGUUUUCCGUUAGCUCUGUCUUCCUUAGCUGAAGCGAAAGUUUCAAUUAAACGAAUCGAGGAAUUUCUUCAAUUGGAUGAAUUUGAAACAUCCGAGGACGACAAGAACACAAUGAUCGUUAGCAAAACUGAAAAACAGAAAAUAUCUGAAAAAGAAAACUUCAAGCAGGGACCUUUAGAACUUUCUAAAGUAUCUGCCAGCUGGAAGUUUGAUACAGUUGAUACAACUUUGAAGAACAUCAACAUUACGGCCCUGCCUGGAGAAUUUAUAGGCAUCGCUGGCCAGGUUGGGUCUGGAAAGACUUCAUUGCUACAAGUAAUCCUAGGUGAGCUGCCACCUAUCCAGGGUACGGUAUCGAUUGGUGGUACAACUAUCUCUUAUGCCAGCCAGGAACCGUGGCUAUUCGUAGCUACGGUGAGACAGAACAUAUUAUUCGGGUUGCCAUACGACCCUAUACGAUAUAAAAAGGUGGUGACUGCCUGUGCAUUAAUGCGUGACUUCGAGCAGCUACCAUCGGGCGAUUCGACCUUGGUGGGCGAGCGAGGUAUUAGUCUUAGCGGUGGGCAGCGCGCUCGCAUUGGCCUCGCCAGAGCUUGCUACAGAAAGGCUGACAUCUACCUACUGGAUGACCCACUGUCGGCAGUGGACACGCACGUGGGUAAACACCUGGUGUCGGAGUGUGUGCUAGGACUGCUGCGCGAUUCAACACGGAUUCUAGUCACACACCAGCUGCACCAUCUUAAAUCCGCUGACAAAGUCGUUAUUCUGCGUCACGGAGAAGUAGAGGCUCAAGCCAGCUUCGAAGAAAUAUCGCGAUCACCACUGUUCAAUGAAUUACUUCAAGAAGAAGAGGAGCCAGAAAAUGAAACCUUUUACGGGUAUUUACGACAGAGAGCUGUAUCUCUUAAGUCGCAACAAAGCAUACGAAGCACACGAAGUACAAAGAGCGGGACUGCUCUGUCAGAAAAAGAAUUUGUUGAAGUCGAGGACGAUGUAGAAGUGGAUGAAAUGACCGGAUCAGGACGUGUAUCGGGGGCUGUUUACAAACAUUAUUUCAGCGCCGGCUCCGGUUGUUGCCUUUUUUCCACAACCAUGUUCGCCAUUAUACUAGCGCAAGUCGUCACAUCAUUCAGCGACCUCUGGCUCACAUAUUGGAUGAAUACCGUUGAAGAUAAUCACCAAAUCCUACAAACAGGCUUUUUAAAUCAAACAACACACUCAAACGUCAUUCGAAAUAAUAAAACAAGUGACAUAUUGAACUUUACGGUAAUCCCAGAAUCAGCAUUUAAUUCAAGUCUCUUCGGACAAGACAUCGAAACUACUUUAACAAUACAUUUUAACAACUCAUUCUACAUUUAUGUAUGGGGAAUUGCUAUCCUCGGCUGUAUAGUGCUUACUACUUCAAGAUCGAUGUUGUUUUUGUGGAUCUGUAUGCGGAGUUCUAUAAAUUUGCACAACCAGAUAUUCAGUAACAUCCUCUCCGCGACGAUGCGCUUCUUUGAUACGAACCCCUCUGGCCGGAUCCUGAACAGGUUUUCCAAAGACAUGGGAGUAGUUGAUGAAAUAUUACCAAGAAUGUACUUGGAUAGUAUACAAGUAAUCAUGGUGAUGAUUGGUAUUUUAGUAAUGGUAGCAAUAGUAAAUCCUUACAUGGUCAUAACUACAUCGGUCUGUGCUAUAUUCAUGUAUCUGUGGACCGCCAUCUAUCUCAGCACUGCGCAAGCAAUUAAAAGGGUGGAAGGUGUGACGCGCAGUCCGGUCUUCUCUCACGUAUCAGCGACUAUGGCCGGGUUGAACACUGUGCGCGCGUGCAAAGCACAGAAUAUGCUACGCACGCAGUUCGACGAUAAACAAGAUGUGCAUACUUCUGCCUGGUACUUAACACUGAUUACGAAUACAGCAUUUUCAGUCUGGUUAUCUCUUAUUUGUACAAUGUACGUCAUUAUUACCUCAUAUACCUUCCUGUUUUUGGACAACGGUGACACGCAAUCAAGUAAUGUAGGCCUAGCUCUCAGUCAAGGUUUAAUUCUGGUUACUAUGGUGCAAUACGGUAUUAAGCAAACGACAGAAGUUAUAUCUCAGAUGACAAGUGUGGAGCGAGUAGUCCAAUUUACAAGUUUACCACAAGAGUCUACUGAAGGACCUUCACCACCUAAAGGGUGGCCACAAAAAGCAAGACUCACGUUUAAAGACCUUUCUUUGAGAUAUGAUAAGGAUGCAGACCCAGUUCUCAAGAAGCUAAACAUUGAGAUCGAGAGUGGUUGGAAAGUUGGAGUAGUUGGUCGUACAGGAGCUGGUAAAUCUUCAUUAAUAUCGGCGCUGUUCCGCUUGGCUCCUCUUGAGGGUCAUGUUUUUAUUGACGACGUUGAUUCAGGUUCCAUUGCUUUGAAAGAACUGCGGUCAAAAAUUUCAAUUAUCCCUCAAGAACCAGUUCUGUUUUCUGCGAGUCUCAGGUACAAUCUGGAUCCAUUCGAUAAAUACACAGAUGCCGAAAUAUGGGAAGCUUUAGAACAGGUGGAGCUAAAGCAAAGCGUAACUUCUCUCAGCGAAAUGGUAGAAUCAGGAGGAUCAAACUACAGUGCUGGUCAACGACAACUUCUCUGCUUAGCACGAGCUGCGCUUGGUCGCAACAAACUACUUGUUCUCGACGAAGCUACCGCGAACGUCGAUCCCAAUACGGAUGCGCUAAUUCAGAAGUCUAUCCGAAAAAAUUUUGCUGACUGCACAGUCAUAACAGUGGCUCAUCGACUUCAUACUGUUGCAGAUUCUAACCGUGUUGUUGUGAUGGAGGCUGGUAAGAUAGUGGAGUGUGGUCACCCGCAUGAAUUGCUACAGGAAGACGAAGGACAUUUAACGCGCAUGGUGAAACAGCUUGGGCCUGCGGCAGAACAAAGUUUAAGAGACCUUGCUGCCGCUGCAUAUGAGCUACACCAUGAUCCUAAUAACGAUAAAAAAGGGAAAACUUAUUAG